AUGGCCGCUCUGCCGGCCCACAAACACAUGCAGCACCUGCAACACAAUGCUGCCCCCCCACCCCCCAAACACCAAACAGCCUCGACCAGCAUACCUCUGUGGACCUUAAACACAGAAACCAGCCCCAACCACACACCAUGCAUGCAGGCAGCCCCCCACACAAAAUGGCGGACGGAGGAGGAGGAGGGCCACCGGAAUACAACCCCAGCACAAGCGACUCACUCACCAUCCGCCUGA